AUAUGGAUGCUGAGAAACAACCUUGGUCCUUUACAAGAGCAGCAGGUGUUCUUAACCUCUGAAAAGGCUGUCUUUCAGGUUCCAAGAGAUACUGCGUUUUUCUGUCCUUAAAUCUCUCUUCCACAAUGCUUCACGCCCCUGGUGGCUGCAUCAGGAGGAGCGAAGUGUAGGUGAAAAGUUAACACCAAGAGUCUGUAGGACGAUCAUGCAGAAUGGUCCUGUUUCUGUGUGUGUGUGUUUGUGAGGGGGGGGCGGGUGUAUAUGCACCUUGUGUGCAUACCUAUGGGAGUGCAAAGAAAGACUGCAUUGAGUAUGCUCCGCUAUCUGCUUUGGUUCUUUGAGUUGGGUCUCUUUUUGAACCUGGAUCGUGUUUUUCAACUACACUGGCUGCCAGCAAUCCCUACUGCUCCUCUUGCCUCCCAUAUUGGUAGGGUUUCAGUCACGUAUGGGAAUAUGUUGAUUGUUAUGUGGACACUGAGAUUCAAACUUUGGACUAUGUGCUUUCGUGAAAAGUGCUCUUGCUUACAGAACUAUCUUUUUUAUCUUGAGACAGGGUUUCUCUGUGGCUUUGGAAGCUGUCCUGGAACUAGGCUGGCCUGGAACUCACAGAGAUCCGCUUGCCUCUGCUUCCCGAUUGCUGGGACUAAAGGCGUGCACCACCACCUGGCCAUAUUCCUUUUUUUUUUUUUUUUAACACCUGUAACUCAGACAGGGGUUAGAAGUAUAACCAUCCCCCCACCUUUCUUAUCUAGAUAAGGGUGGCCUGGAAUUCCUGAUCCUUGUCUCCAUAUCCUGAGUUCUGGGAAAACAGGCAUCCGUUUCCGGCAGCAGAUCUUCACUAAGGGUCUUCAGCUCCACAGGUGUGGGAGGAGCUGAAGAAAGGGACUUAAGAGCCAGUCUGGUUUCAGGAGGUGUGAAAGAUGCUGGCAGAAGCAGUCCCAGAUGCCCUGGAACAAGAGCAGUUUGGAGCAGUGAAGUUGGAGGAUGAUGAUGCCCCUGGCGAGGAGGACCCCAGGCGGGCAGAGGCCAGGCCUCGGCCCGAGGUGGCUCACCAGCUCUUCAGAUGCUUCCAGUACCAGGAAGAUAUGGGGCCGCGGGCAUCCCUGGGCCGCCUCCGGGAACUCUGCAACCACUGGCUGAGGCCGGCACUGCACACCAAGAAGCAGAUUCUGGAGCUGCUGGUCCUGGAGCAGUUCCUGAGCGUCCUGCCUCCGCACGUCCUGAGCCGCCUGCAGGGCCAGCCGCUCAGAGAUGGAGAGGAGGUGGUACAGCUGCUGGAGGGUGUGCCCAAAGACUGCAGCCACGCAGGGCCGCUGGAUUUUAGCUUCAGUGCUGGCAAGAGUGCCUCCGCAGCCAUCACAUCGGAGGGACAGGAUAGCCCUUCCCAGGUCCCUAGCCACAGCCCCAAGAGGGAGCUGCCCUCGGAAGAGCCCCCAGCCCCGGUGAAUGAAGUACCCCUGUCUCAGCCAGUGCCCACCAGACCUGCUGAACCUGAGGAGUGGAAACUUGCCCCAAGCUCCAAUUGGCCAGUGAGCCCAGAGCCCCAGGGCGCGCUCCAGGACCCGCAAGAAAGCGACCCCUCCCAGGGCCCCUCAUGGCUUGAGGAGAAUUCCAGAGACCAAGAGCUGGCAGCUGUGUUGGAGUCUCUUACCUUUGACGACACCUCAGAGAAGAAAGCUUGGCCUGCAAACCCUCUUGAAUUUAGGAGCAGAGUGCCUGACAAGGAGGAAAUUAGAUUUGAAGAGCCUAAAGCGGCUGUUUGGCCUGUCAUCAUUUCAACAGAGUCCCAGGCAGAGAGCCCUGGAGUGACAGGAGAGCCUCUUUCCGAGACACUGGGGCAGGAGGCAAGUGGUGCUGGUGGGGAAGGGACCCCUGCGGGCAGCAGUGACUCUCCGGAGGGGAGAGUAGCUGCAGGUGCCGCAGAGUCCGAGGCAGAGUCGCAGUUUAUAUGCCCGGAGUGUGGAGUGAACUUCCCGCAGCUGUCCAGCCUACAGGCCCAUCAGCUACAGUCUCACUCGAGCCCUCGAUCUCAGCCAAGCUCGCGGUCCUUCAUGUGUCUGUGGUGCGGGAAGGCUUUUGGGCGCAGCUCCAUCCUCAAGCUGCAUGUGCGCAUACACACAGAUGAGCGGCCACACGCCUGUCACCUCUGCAGUCACCGUUUCCGCCAGAGGUCACACUUGGCGAAGCACUUGCUAACACAUUCCUCUGAGCCUGCCUUCCGGUGUGCUGAGUGUGAUCAGGGCUUCCAGCGUCGCUCCAGCCUCAUGCGGCACCUGCUGGCACAUUCCCAGGAACAAAAUCCCACGCCAGACCCAGAGAGCACGACAAAAGUGCAAGAGAAAGCAGUUGUUCUCUGUUCCCACUGCGGGCAGACCUUCCAAAGGCGCUCUAGUUUAAAGCGGCACCUGCGCGUCCAUGCAAAGGGCAAGGACCGUCAGUCCUCGGAAGACCCUGGCAGCCUUAGCUCUCGCCAGGAGAGCAAGCCCUACGUGUGCAGUGACUGUGGCAAGGCUUUCCGACGAAGCGAGCACCUGUUGACCCACAAGCGAGUCCAUACCGGCGAACGACCCUUUUCCUGCCAUGCCUGUGGCCGCUGCUUCACCCAAAGUUCCCAGCUGAUCAGCCACCAGAAGGUACACACAGGUGAGAAGCCUCACGUCUGUCCCCAGUGCAGCAAACGCUUUGUGAGACGCGCGGGCCUUGCCCGUCAUCUGUUGACCCACGGUGGCCUCCGGCCUUACCACUGUGGCCAGUGUGGCAAAAGUUUCACCCAGAUGCGAGACCUGACCCGCCACCUGCGCAGCCACACAGGAGAGAAGCCCUGCCGAUGCAGCGAGUGUGGAGAGGGGUUCAGUCAGAGUGCCCACUUGGCACGUCACCAACGCAUCCACACGGGAGAGAAGCCUCACGCCUGUGACACCUGUGGUCACCGCUUCCGCAACAGCUCCAACUUGGCCCGCCACCGCCGCAGCCACACGGGAGAAAGGCCCUACAGUUGCCCAACCUGCGGCCGCAGUUUCCGGCGCAAUGCGCACCUGCAGCGCCACCUAGUCACACACACCUCGUCAAGACAAGAGAUGGAAGACCCCCAGGAGUGCCCGGAGUGUGGCAAGAGCUUCAGUCGCAGCUGCAACUUGCUACGCCAUCUGCUGGUCCACACAGGCGCAAGGCCCUACUCCUGUGUGCUGUGUGGCCGUGGCUUCAGCCGCAAUUCGCACCUGCUGCGCCACCUGCGAACCCACGCUCGGGAGACGCUGUACUAACUUCACCGGUGUUCCAGCAGCCGUGUUCUGCAUGCACCUCCCUACGUGAAUAAGAUUCCCUAUGAUAUGGGCUGGAGAGAUGGCUCAGAGGUUAAGAGCACUGGCUGGAUGCUCUUCCAGAAUUCCUGAGUUCAAUUCCCAGCAACCACAUAGUGACUCAAUCUAAAAUGAGUUCUAGUGCCUUCUUCUGGCAUGCAGGCAGAACACUGUAUACAUAAUAAUAAAUCUUUAAAAAAAAAAAAGAUUCCCUGUGAUGUCCUCUUCACAUACCUCCUCUUGGUUCCUCCGCAUUUUGCAUCCCCACCUUUGACCUCUUUUCCCUAACCCCAGGAAUGUGUUUUCAGAUGCUUUAAGUAAAGUUACCUUCGCAAAA